UGGUAGAAAUAAUGAGUUGGUACUGAGACAAGCUGUGGAGCAAAAAUGGACGUACUUCACGGACUUACUGCAUAUAUGUGUUAUUUCUUACUGUACAUUACAGAUCCAGUCGCAGGGAAGGCCGAUCAGAACCAGUUUCCUCCCAAACAAAAUGGAGUGGAGAUAUUUCAUCAAUAUGAGAACAUAGUACCAGAGAUUUUCCAUGAAAAGAAACGUAUUGAGGGAACGUAUGAAAAGGGAAAACAUCUAGACAGUAUAACAGUUUUAUUCACCGCCUUUAACAGGAGUUUUAUACUUGAUUUAGCACUUAAUAAAGAAUUAUUUUCUACCUCCUAUGUUGAAAAGAGAUACCAUUCCACAGGCAGCAGUAUUCACACGCCUCACCCUCUCACACAGAGGCAAAAACAUUGUUAUUACCAUGGAACAGUUCGGUACUCACCCGACUCCCUGGUGGCCUUGAGUACCUGUGAUGGAAUCAGAGGCUUCAUCUCAACCAAUAAGGAGAAUUACCAUAUAGACACAGGCCAUGGGUAUCAUAGGUUAUUCCGAGAUUCAGACAGGAGGCGGCGGCGAGACCUCAAGUGUGGAACAGAUGGUCAUAACGCUCAUUUUCAUCCAUCAGGAACAAAUAAAAAUGUCCAUAGCAGGAUAAAGCGAGACAUCCAUGGCCCCUAUGACAGCAAUCAAAACACUCGUUAUGUGGAGUUGUACCUUGUCAAUGACUAUAGAACAUAUGAAAGAAAUGGGGGAAAUACGACAUCGGUCAUCAGGAGAUCUCAGGAUAUCACAAACAUAGUCAGCAGGCUGUACCGGCCACUCAACAUCUAUGUAGCACUAGUUGGGGUGGAGGUAUGGGAAGGAGGGGACCAGAUCACUGUGACAACCAGUGCUGAUGCAACAAUGGAAAAUUUCCUGAGAUACCGCAGAGAAAGGAUAAACCCAUACCACAGAAACGACAAUGCUCAGCUUGUCACUGGAAUCUUCUUUGACCACGGAGUUGUUGGUAAAGCCAUUAAAGGCCCCAUCUGUACGUACCAGUUCUCGGGUGGAGUCAACAUGGAUUACGAUGGCUUAGUGACACUGGUGGCAACAACUGUAGCUCAUGAGAUGGGCCACAACUUUGGUAUGGAGCAUGACAACGAUUCCACGUGUUACUGCCCCAAAGACAAAUGCAUCAUGGCGGCCACCAGUGGUCAGACAAGCCCUACAGACUGGUCUACCUGUUCCAAGAAUGCUCUCCAAGAGGCGUUUGAGCUGGGCAUGGACUACUGUCUGCGUAACAAGCCAUCUCAGAUCUUCGAGGGACCUGUGUGUGGCAAUGGCUUCGUCGAGGAUGGGGAAGAAUGUGACUGUGGACUUCCUCAGGACUGUCACAACCGAUGCUGCAACGCCUCGUCAUGCAAGAUGUACCACCAGGCCAAGUGUGCUACAGGACGUUGCUGCGACCUCUCCACUUGCAAGCCUAAGGAAAAGUCUACAUUGUGCAGGGAACCAAUUGGUGAAUGUGACCUCCCCGAGUUCUGUGAUGGCUCAGCGGAAUACUGUCCAACUGAUGUCUUCCUGCAGAACGGACUCUCCUGCAAAAAUGGACAGUCGUACUGUUACAAGGGGAAGUGCAACACCCACAGCGACCAGUGUAAGCUGUUGUGGGGGGACACGGGACGGGCAUCGGACCCCAUCUGCUUCCAGCAGCUCAACAUGCGGGGGGACCAGGACGGCAACUGUGGCUACAACUGGACCAAGGACACCUACAGCACUUGCCGCAGAGAGGACGUGAUGUGUGGUCUGCUUCACUGUGUACAUCUCAACGAGAAGCUGAUGUUCUGGAGGGACAACCUGGCUCAUACCAUGAGAGCUAGCUUCCUCACCCGGGGUAACACACAAUAUGUCUGCCGUUCGGCCAUGUUGGAUGUUGGCCUAGACAUGCCUGACCCUGGGAUGGUUCCCGACGGUGCCAAGUGUGAAGUCAAUAAGAUCUGUGUGAAUCACAAGUGUGUCCCUCUGGCCAAGAUGAACAUCCCACAGUGCCCCGGGAAUGGUUGCAAUGGACAGGGGGUGUGCAACUCAAAUGGAAACUGCCACUGCAACAAUGGGUUUGACCCUCCCUACUGUAACAGGCCAGGGUUUGGUGGGAGUGUUGACAGUGGGCCGUCCAGUAACGAAUAUGCCAACAAGAGUCUGCUGGUGGGCCUACUAGUGUUCUUCCUGGUCAUACUGCCUCUUGUUGGUGUCUUCAUCUUCUUUGGCUACUUCUACAGAAGCAAACUCAAGACUUGGUGGCACCUAGGUCCAAAACUCAAGUAUGGGGUCCCUGGCAAGAAACCCAAGCCACCUCCACAGCCUGUGCGAACCACAUCUAACAUCAAUGAUCAACGCCCUAAGUCAGUGCACAUGAAGAGAGCCCCAACACAAGUUGAAAUAUCAGAUCCUGUCCUCACUGGGAGUACUAACCGAGAGUCACAUGCAUUUGUGGGACCAGCUAGACCCAUUAGCAUGUCACCAAAACGAGAAAGAAUUCCAAUGAAGCCUGAUCCUGUUGUGCCCGCUUCUGCAAAGGUCCAGCCAAAACCUGACAGAGUGUCACAAAAGUCUGGAGCUAAAAUUAAGCCAGAUCGGCCUUCAACAAAACCUGAAAGGUCUGUCCCUCGAAAUGAGAGGCUAGGGCCACCUGAAGGUGGAGCCAGAAUUGUCAAAAGAGAAUCUUUUAGAGGGUCAGAAAUAUCCAGUCCGGUUUUAAUGAGUACUACCAACAGGAAUUCAGAUGUUUUCCCUGAGGAUGAAUUUCAUGAAAUUCCAGGUCAGAGUCAGUUGAUUCCAAGAUCCUCAGGGUCAAGAAGUCCUCCACCAAUUCCAGGCCAUGGAACCACACCUCGUGCAAAACGCACACAGUCUGAUCGUGAAAAAAUAGAGCGACCACUGUCUAUUCCUCCUUCUAAAGGAGCUCUAGCUCGUCAAGCUGCUGUGAGUACGUCAAUGAAGACACAGAGGCCACCUGCACCUCCUCCAAGACCUGUACCACCAGAUCCCAAAGAAUCAGAUUCAGAGGGGCCUGUGUAUCAAAAUGACAUCUCUAUAAAAAGCAAAGGUCCUAAACCAGUGGUGAAAAAGGAUGUACCUGAGAGAAAGGACCCACUUCCCAAGAAACAUAUAUCCUAUAACUGGGAUAGUUCUCAAAAGCAUGAUUUAUCACAACGGAAGGAACCUCCCAAGAAGAAGGAUCAAGGUUACCGCGAUCGAAACUCGCGGGAUCACAGGACUCAAAAUUCACUGAGUGAUAGGAACAAGAAUAACGAUAGUGCUAGAUCCAACAUGAAUUCAGGCUUGAAAUCCAAGCCCAUGUAUACAAAUCUUGCUUCACCAGAGGGUGACCUUGAUGCUAAAGAACACUCAUCAGUGUCGGCCCUGAGGGCCAAAUUUGGUGCAUCAGACUCCAGAACAGGAAGUGUAGGUCGGAGUAAUUCACGCAUAAGUGAUAGGCCAUCCAUUGCCUCGAAGCCUUCCCCCAAGGUGGUGCGGAGUUUUAAUGUAUGACAUCUGUUGCAUAUACUGUGAUCUCACCAUAUAAGGAUGUAAUUAUUUUGACUAGUGGAGUGGAAACAUUUUCCUGUACAAAGCCAGUCAUGUUCAUCAUAUUUAGGGGCUCUGUUAGGGUGUGAUGAUUUACCACAUGUACAAAAUGUGUAGGUUUGUAGUGAAGAAUCCCUAACAGAUCCCCAUUUUAUUUGUGUGAAAGAGUGCAUUGAUGUGUCCAAGGCCAAUAGCAUCUAUUUCUACAGUCUUCCGUUGUGGACAUUGUUGCACAACAUGGUAUGGUUAUGAAGGGUAAAAUCUGCUUGGAAAACAUUCAAGGAUAUCUGCUGGUUGGUGGUUGAUAGGGUUAAACUGAAGUAAUAGUAGGCACAUCAGGAAAACACUCCAUGAAGAAUACCACCUUUAAUGAUAUGAUAAUUCUUUCAUUUUAAGCAUGCUGGGGAGUGUGUGAGUUUAGUUUUACUCCGCACUCAUUAAUAUUCCAGGCAUAUGGCGAUGGUCUGUAAAUAAUCGAGUCUGGAGCAGACAAUCCAGUGAUCAUC